AUGACAACUAGGAUAAGCCCCCCAUUAUUUGGAAAAGGAAAGAACUAUGAAAGAUUUAAGCAAGAACUUUUAGCAUGGAAAGAAAUAACAGAUCUAAGUAAACAAAAACAAAGUAUUGCUGUGGCAUUAACACUUCCUGAGGAUGACGAGUCACAAAUUAGAGAGAAAGUGUUUGAUCAGCUUCAACUAGAUGAAUUGAAAGGAUACGAUGGAUUAAGUGUUUUAAUUCAUUUCUUGGAUCAGCAUCUUGCUAAAGAUGAUCUCACGGAUAGCCUUGAACAAUUUGAGGAUUUUGAAGACUUUAAAAGAUUAGAAGGUCAAUCUAUUAAUGAAUUUGUGGCUAUGUUUGACUCGAAGUAUAGAAAGAUAGAAAAGAAGAAUAUGACACUGCCCACAGAAAUACUGGCCUUUAAGCUUCUCAGGAAGGCUAAUAUUUCGAAGGAAGAAAGGUUAUUAGUUCUAACUGGUAUGAAUUAUGAGAACAAGAAGACUCUUUACGAGGAAGCCAAAAAGUCACUGAAAAAGUUCAAGGGCAAUGAAAACGAAUCAUUGCACAACCAGGCAAGUAGUAUAAAGUUAGAACCAGCAUUACUGGCUGCCAACGAAGAGGCCCUGCUGGCAGCUGGGUAUUCGAAAUUACGGGGCGCCUAUCGGGGGAAUUACGGUGGUGGAAGAGGAAGAGGCUGGUAUCGAGGGAAACAAGGAAACUAUAAUUCGAGGGAUAAUCAGAGAGGGGAGUUCGCCACAGAAAAUGAGAAGAAGGGAUUAAUAAAGAAAAUUAACCCCAAAGGACCUGAUGGACGACCAUUGAUAUGCAAAUCGUGUGGCUCUUAUAGACAUUUGCUGCCUGCAUGUCCUGAUAGCUGGGAAAAUAUGAAGAGUGUCCAUGCUGUUGAGGAAGACCAUGCUGUACUAUUUACUGGAUAUGAUAGAAACGAGAUUAGACGUCUGGGUGUUGAUGCUCAAAACUGUGCAGUCUUGGACAGUGCUUGUAGCAAUACAGUAUGUGGAAGCAGUUGGAUGGACAAUUAUGUUGGUUCUUUGGACAAAACAGACAGAGAGAAGGUGUUGAAAUCAGAAGGUCAGAGAGUGUUUAAAUUUGGAGGGGGUACAUGCCUGAAAUCUAAAGGUGAGUUCAGCAUACCUGCUGUUGUUGCUGGAAAAGCGGUGACCAUAAAAACUGAUGUCGUAGAGUCUGAUAUUCCUUUACUACUAUCACGUACGGCAAUGAAGAAAGCAGCAAUAAAAAUGGAUCUAGAAAAUGGUACAGCAACAAUUAUGGGGCAGGAGGUAGCUUUAAACUUAACAACAUCAGGUCAUUACUGCAUUCCAAUAGAUAAAACAGUGGAAGUUUCAGUAGAAAAAGUGUGUGCAGUCAAACUAGAAAAUUUGAAUGCCCAGGAGAGAUACAAAACUCUACUUAAACUGCACAGACAAUUCGCACAUCCUGCGAAGAAAAGGUUAGUAACAUUUCUGAAGGAUGCUGGAAUAUGGGAAGAUGAUUAUGAAGAAGAUCUUGAACAGAUAGAAAACAAGUGUGAACUGUGCAAAGUGUAUGCUAAGACUCCUUCAAGGCCAGUAGUAGGUAUGCCUAUGGCCUCCAAGUUCAAUGAAAAAGUUGCAAUGGAUCUAAAACAAUGGAAUGGGCGGUGGAUUUUACACAUCAUAGACAUGUGGUCGAGGUACACUUUGUCGAUUUUUAUAGACAGAAAGAAGCCAUGUAAUAUCAUAGAUACCUUGAUGAAAGAGUGGGUAGGGAAAUUUGGAGUGAUGGGAUCUUUAAUGACAGACAAUGGAGGGGAAUUCAAUUCAGACGAGGUAAGGGAAAUUACAUCCAUUCUGAAUAUUCGGGUAUGUACCACGUCAGCCGAAAGUCCAUUUCAAAAUGGUUUGUGUGAAAGAGUGCAUGCAAUUACUGAUAUGAUGUUGACCAAGCUUCAUGCCGAUUAUACGGAAGUUAAUUUGCAGACUCUUCUUUCAUGGGCAAAUAUGGCAAGGAAUUCUUUGCAAAUGUGGAAUGGUUAUAGUAGCCAUCAACUUGUCUUUGGUCAUAAUCCCAACAUUCCAAACAUCAUGAGUGACAAUUUGCCAGCUUUACAAGGAUCGACAAGCAGUGAAGUGUUCGCAAAGCAUUUGAAUGUACUACAUGCGACAAGAAGAGCUUUUAUACAGUCUGAAGCUGAUGAAAGAAUAAAAAGAGCACUCAGAAAUAAAGUUAGAGCCUCAGAACAGGUAUUUGAACAUGGUGACUGUGUAUUUUACAAAAGAGAGGGUCGAGAACGCUGGCUUGGACCAGGAAAAGUAGUUUUCCAAGAUGGGAAAGUGGUGUUUGUGCGACAUGGAGCAGUGUUUGUGCGUGUAUCUCCUAAUAGAUUACAAAAGGUGAACAAUUUGUUUGACAGCAGUGACAAUGUCAGUGAAAAACAGAGUACACAUUCAGAAUGGACUAAUACUCAACCAGAGAUAGAGAACACAAGGUCAAGUGAUCAUCAAAUGGUAACUGAAGAUUUACCAGCAAGAAGAUUGGAUGAUGACAUACAAACAGGGCUAGAUAUAGAUAGACAGUCGGAAGUGGUCAUACAGGAUAGAAAGAUACUGAAACCAAAUGAUAUUAUCCAGUAUAAAAAGCAAGACACUGAUGUAUGGAUUCCUGCAAAGGUUAUUGGAAGGGCAGGAAAGGCAACAGGGAAGAACAAACACUGGUAUAACAUUUUAGAAGAUACUAGUAAAGAGAAAAAGAGUAUAAAUUUGGAACAAGUUGACUGGGAACUAUUGACUGAUAACGUGAAUCUAGUUUUGAAGAACAGGGAUGUAAAUAGUAAUGUAACAGAGGCAAAAAUGGCAGAGUUACAGAAAUUUAAACAAUUCAACACAUAUGAGGAGGUAAACGACUGUGGACAAAAUACUUUAUCAACCAGAUGGGUCAUAACUUCGAAGAAUGAACAGACAAAAGCUCGUCUAGUUGUUAGGGGCUUCGAAGAAGAUUUCUCAAUGCAAAGUGACAGUCCAACAGUAGGUAAAGGAACUAUGAGAAUGUUUCUUGCUAAUACUUCCAUUAACAACUGGAUUGUUAAGACCACAGAUAUUAAAUCGGCAUUUCUACAAGGUCAGGAGUUAAAGAGAGAUGUAUACAUAAGGCCACCAAAGGAGUGUGAAAAUGCUGAAGGAGUUGUCUGGAAGUUACGUCAUGGGUUAUAUGGACUUAAAGAUGGUGCAAGACAGUUUUAUCUGAGUGUGAAGGAAGAACUACUGACACUUGGGUGUCAAAUUUCUAAAAUGGAUCCUGCAAUGUUCAGUUUGCAUACAAAUGGAAAGUUGAAUGGUAUUGUUUGUUGUCAUGUUGAUGAUUUUUGCAUGCUGGAGAUGAAUACCUGGAGAAAGUAA